UAUCUCUCUUCUCUCCUCUUUCCCUCAUCUCUGUCACUCUCUCUCUCUCUCAAUUUUUUUCUCCUUUGUUGUCAUUUUCAUGUCAAACAAAAAUUAAAAGCUGCUACCAAAAUUGAGCUUCGAUUGAUGAUGCCAUGCUUGUGAAUUUCGCCUGUUGCCAAAAUGAGUCAUAAAAAACCGAGCUUUAUGAACAUUUUUGGUACUCAGAAAAUUCCUCUUUUGAAUUAUGUAAAUUUUCCAAUUAAUAUUCAUCGUUCAAUGUUUGUACCCAUUUUAUUUUCAUGAUUUUUGUUUAUUAUACCAGUUUUUAUUUUGUGGGAAUUCUAGGUUUUUGUUAAUUAGGAACCCUAGCUUUCCAAUUUUCUUUUUUGGGUAAAGAUUUUUAUAUGGAAAAAUGGAGCGAGAUGCUGUGGUAUUCGAUAUAAGCUCCGAUGAGGAAGAAUUUACUUUGACAGAGACGAAAGGUGAUGACUUUGAUUGGUUAGCGGAGUAUCUUGAAGCUGGAGAUAAGGGAUCGGAUAAUGAUUCAGAUGAUGUUGUUGUGGUUGGUGAGACCAAGCCUAAGUCUAGGUCAAAGUCUUCUAAACCUACGGUUAGAGAUGCGGACGAGGAUUGUGUAGUUUUGGAUGGUGACCCAGAUAAGAAGACUCUGGUUGGUAAUGAUGAUGCAGUGAGUGACUCGGACGAGUUGUGCAUAGUUGGAGAGAAGGGUCCGGUUGCUUGCCGAGACUUUCCACAUUCUCGACAUGUUUGUAUUAGCUUUCCUUUUAAUACCACCCCACAUGAGAAACACUGCAGUCUGUGCCAUUGUUAUGUCUGUGACUUACCUGCACCCUGUGUGCAUUGGGCAACUAGCACUACAAGUAUUGGCCAUUGUCAUGCCACCGACAAAGAGGAUUUAUGGAAAAUUCAGAGGAAAAACUUUAAAUCGGGGAAAAUAUCUUCAUUACCACCCUCGAAAAUUUCCGCUAGUCCAUUAUCGGUGUGUGUGCCUAAACAUAACCAUGUUUCACCACCCAUUAUUCAAUUGUCACCUUGCUCGAGACCAAAUGAUUUUGUCUCCAGGCCUUCUACCGUCCAAGGUUGCUCCUCAACUAAUUUUGCUCUCCCUACUAUUAUAAGCCGUGGUAGGAGCCAACAAUCAGGAAUGCUUUCGUCCAAAAACAGAUUUCAACCGUACAUGGUACCAGGAGGACCACGCAUGGUACGAGGUGGACCGAUGCUUGGUGCUAGUCAUACAAUCCGAAAGGGCCCUUUGAGCUCUACUCAUGCUAUGUUUAAAAGACAAGGAAAUGUUGGGGUCACUUUCCCUAGGAAUCAAACUUUGUAUCCUUCAUCAAACACCAGGAGUCGAACUAGUGGUGCCACUCAAUAUCCUAGGAUCCACACUCCAGCACCAGCAUUGGCAAACUUGGCGGACUUGAGCACGAUCAUGUUAAAUGAGAUUAACUCCCUCUCGCGUCAAAACUCCUAUGAUCCGAACUUUGUUUGUGCAGCAUUAAAUACUCCAACUUCUGAGCCCCAAACUUAUAAUCAACAACAUAUUCCUCCAUCGAAUAUCGAUAGUCAGAAUAUGUUUCAUCAACACUCGAAUCAAUUUCAGAAUAACGACCAAACUAUCCUUAACCCGCGUGGAGAUGAAACUCAAAAAUUCGUUCUUGAUGAGGACAUUGAAUUCAUAGGUGCGAAAGAUGUUAGUUCUGUAGAUUGUAGUUUGCCAAAAUGGUUGAAUGAUACCAACCAAAGCAACCAACAGCCUCCAGUGGAAAAUACUCAACAUCCGAAUGCAGCAGACUCCUUUUUCGCCCCAUCUGUUAAGGACUCUAAUUCUCAGUUUAGUAUUAGAAACACUGAUCUUAGGUUUGAUGACUGGAUUUUUGAAGACCGAAAUGGUCCUGUGGUUGCAGAUGGUUCUAUGGCACCUUCAUUAGAUGUCAUCUCUCCCGAGCCUGCUCCAAUUGAUCCAGGUAUGCUUUUCUUUGAUUUUGAACCGCAUGGAACGGUCUUGCCCACACAUAAUCAGCCCGACCGGACUGACCCUUUUACUCUCUGGAGUUUGGAUGCUUCUUGAACAGAUAAAAAUGGAGUUUUUCUUCCAUUAUUAUGGUCAUUGUAAAUAAAAAUUGAUGCUUUUUGUUAACUUUUGUGAUAGGCAAAAAAUAAGCUUCCCCAUUGAAAGCUGGAGGAGAGCUUAGUGUUGUCUUGUCAGUAUAUAGGAUUAUCUUAUAUUAUAUAUAUUAUAUAUAUAGAGAGAGAGUAGAUAGUACUGCUUAUUGUCAAAAGUGGGAUUAUUUUUAAGGAUUAGAGGGUGGUUAAUUUUAACUCCUUGAUCCUUUUCAUCUUAUUAAAUCCCACAUUCUGAGAUUAUUAUUAUUAUUAUUAGCAAAUCUUGCUUAGUUUUA